CAGUCACACUCUUUCUAUCUGGGUCUGAAGUAAACGGGCAGCGGCGAUUGAGAGGAGGCAAGAAUUUAGACGUGGAGUGAAGAGCGGUUAUCGAAUCUGCGGCUUCCUCGAUCGAGAAGGAGAAGAAUAAGACUCUCCGGAGAAGAAGGCGGUUGGACUCGCCUAGUGAGAGAAAGCGUCUCUUCGUUUUCCCUCUUCUGCUUUUCCCCUGCGCUUGUUGCUUGUGUGGCAGAGCUGGCCGUGAUCAUAAUUCAGAAGGUUGCACGGUGAAUUCGCAUCUUUCGCGCUUCACGGUAGAGAACCCCUGCACAAGGCACGAAAAUGGGGUUGAUUUCCGGUAUGGUGAUCGGAAUGGUCGCCGGAAUCGCGUUGAUGGCCGGGUGGAAGCAGAUGAUGAGGUACCGCAGCACCAAGCGUGUCAGCAAGGCAGUUGAUAUCAAGCUUUUGGGAUCCUUAGGCAGGGAUGAAUUGAAGAAGAUCUGUGGUGAUAAUUUCCCUGAAUGGAUAUCUUUCCCUGCAUUUGAUCAGGUGAAGUGGCUAAACAAACAAAUUAGCAAAAUGUGGCCUUUCGUUGCUGAAGCUGCAAGUGUAGUGAUUAAGGAGUCCGUCGAACCUGUAUUAGAACAAUAUCGACCUCCUGGGAUAUCAUCCUUGAAGUUCAAAAAGCUUUUCCUUGGGAAUGUAUCUCCCAAAAUUGAAGGCAUUCGCGUGCAGUCGCUGAAGGAAGGUCAAAUAACAAUGGACGUGGACUUCCGGUGGGGUGGUGAUCCAAGUAUUAUUCUGGCUGUAGAUGCUUUAGUUGCCUCCCUACCCAUUCAGCUGAAGGAUCUUCAAGUUUUCACUGUUGCACGUGUCAUAUUCCAACUCUCUGAAGAGAUUCCUUGCAUUUCUGCAGUAGUUGCUGCACUUCUUGCUGAGCCAAAACCUAGAAUUGAGUACACAUUGAAGGCUGUUGGAGGGAGCUUGACUGCAGUGCCAGGACUUUCUGACAUGAUUGAUGACAUUGUGCACAAUAUUGUUGACGAUAUGCUGCAAUGGCCUCAUAGAAUUGUUGUGCCACUUGGUGGUGUUGAUGUGGAUAUCAGUGAACUGGAGCUUAGACCACAGGGGAAGCUUCAAAUUACUGUUGCGAAAGCAAAUGAUUUGAAAAACAUGGAAAUGAUUGGGAAGUCUGAUCCUUAUGUGGUUCUGUAUAUCCGACCUCUAUUCAAAAUUAAAACCAAGGUGGUCGACAAUAAUCUGAAUCCAGUUUGGGAUGAAACGUUUGAGCUAAUUGUGGAGGAUAAGGAAACUCAGACAGUUAUUUUUGAGGUCUUUGACGAGGACAUUGGACAAGAUAAGAGAUUGGGGGUAGCGAAGCUGCCAUUGAAUGAGUUGGUGGCUGAGAAAGCCAUAGACCGAGAGUUGAGAUUGUUGCCUGCACUUGAUAUGCUGAAAAUCAAGGAUAAGAAGGACAGAGGGACUCUAACUAUCAAGGUUCUUUACCAUCAAUUUGACAAGGAUGAGCAGCUUGCAGCAAUGGAAGCAGAGAAGAAAAUGCUAGAAGAAAGGCAGAGAUUGAAGGAAGCCGGUAUCAUAGGAAGCACCAUGGAUGCUGUGGGAGGUGCUGCUUCGUUGGUCGGUUCAGGUGUGGGUCUUGUAGGAACGGGGCUUGUAACUGGCGUUGGUUUAGUAGGGUCAGGUAUCGGAGCUGGCGCUGGUUUAGUAGGGUCAGGUAUCGGAGCUGGCGCUGGUUUAGUAGGUUCAGGCAUUGGAGCAGGUGUAGGGCUGGUCGGCAGUGGGAUCGGUGCAGUUGGAAGUGGGCUGGGCAAGGCUGGAAAAUUCAUGACCAAGGGCGUAUCCAAUCUGGGUGGCUCUUCCAAGAAAGCAAAUAACAGUACUACUACUGCAGCAGCACAAGCGAAUGGUGCAGCAAGUUAGUUGACGAGCCUCCUUGUGGAGACAUCAGUGUGAUCCAUGUAUGAUUUUAUUUCACUUCCUUUUGUCUGGCUUUUUGGUGUUCCACGGCUCUGUGUGGGUGCUAAAACACGUCUGUCUUUUCUAGAAUUUGAUGAAGUUUGUAUUAAAUUGAAGGUGUGCCAUACUCUUGAACUUUUUGGGUGUACAUUAAUGGAGACCGGAAAAUGCAGCCGUCACUUCUCGUUA